GUAGGUAAGAGUAGGUAAGGUAGGUAGGUACUAUGUAGUAUUGAGAUCAGAUGGCAAAUGAAUACCUGCGUGUACCUAGUAGAUGCGCGCCGACACCAACCCGCAAAUCUUCGGAGACAAACCACUUUCGACACGUUCACUUUUUACCCUUCACCUUUUUUUUUUAUCUUUCAACCCUCGACGUUUUUUUCUUUUUGCUGCGUUAGACAGCCAUGACACCUCUUCCCCAUUCGAUCCAGUUAUUUGAUGUAGAACAUAGCUGAGGCGUCGGGAUCGGGGCCUCAUGAUUUCUUUUCCUACACAAAAAGCAAGCUCGCUAUGUCGUGGGAUCUACUCCAACGUUUUAUCGAGAGUGAUGUCUUCAACCAGAACCCCUUUCUCUCCGUUUCAUACCUAUCACGAUAUGCAGACCAUGUCGGAAUCCACUAUGUUCUGUGCUCCAAGCUCCGCCAAUUCCCCUACGAGGACAUCGAGUUCUUUCUACCCCAAUUAUGCCACCUUAUACUGAGCGUCGACAACGAGUCUAUGGCAUUGGAGGAGUUUCUGUUGGAUCUUUGCGAGGAAUCGGUCACUGCUGCUCUACUGACGUUUUGGCUUUUCCAAACUUACCUACGCGAUCUUGCUUCCACGCCCCAGUCGCAGGCCUUCCAGACCUGCCGGAGAGUUUACAAUAAAGUACAGCAUAUCGUAUUUGGCCAUUCAGAUACAGCGAGACACGAGCGGAUAACAGAAAACAUACUACCUGUCACAGUACUUGCCAGUUUUGUUUUAGCCAGCAUCGGUCUGCCAAGUCUGCCACAAUGGGCCGGGCCCUUGGCCGUUGCGCAAGCACGCAAAUCGCACCCAUCCGGCGACGUCAUAUCGGAAGCAAGUCAGACGAGCCAGACAAGCCAGACAGGCCAGACGAGCCAAGUAAGUCAUAUGUCAAAGGUAGCCAGGAGUCAAACUGUUACUGGAAGCACAACAAGAUCCCGACGACCCCGCGAGCUGGCCCGAGUUGGAAGCGUACCCGACUCGAAACAGAUCAUCUCCUCGCCAAAGAAGUCACCGCGUCCUAUUACACAUGUGCCUGUGACUUCUGAGUCUGGCCCGGAUGCUCCAGCCGAACCACGAAAGCCGGGCUAUAUCGACGGCAAGUUGUUGGAGGCUCGUCUGAGCUCAUCGUCUCUUCCUCUUCCCGAGGUAAGAUCGCCGAGGGUUAUUACACGGCCCGGAACUCCGCUCUCUGCUGGUCUACCACGUCCAGCCGAUACAAUCUCACGCAGGCACUCCCAUCACAUCAAAACGCUUGCAAGCUUGGCGGAGAUGACUCAGGCCCAGAAGGCGAGGUUACUACGGCAGAACUACUUUCAUUGUCAAACAGCAUUUCUAGCUGCGCUCGAAGAUAUAUCUAAUCGACUAGUAAUAGUGCCGAAGCCGGCUCGUCUUAGUGCUUUACGUGCCGAGCUUGCGCUCAUUGCUAGAGACUUGCCGACAGAGUUGGAUAUACCUAUUAUAUGUCCUCCAACCUUAGUAGAUGGUUCGCCCGCAAAGAGUCGUCACCAUCGCAUCGUCAGAGUCAACCCCGCCGAAGCAACUGUCCUGAACAGUGCUGAAAAGGUACCAUAUUUGCUCAUGGUGGAAAUCCUUCGCGACGACUUCACCUUUGAUCCUAGCUCGGGGGAGAAUCAGAGGCUACUCAGUAAUCUUGUGGCUGAGCAAGGUACUCGCAAGCGGCUCUUCGAUUUAUCGGAUGCGCAAAGAACGAAUGCUACCGACCGGGUGUCCGAACAAAUCGUGGAGAAAAUUGACAGUGUCUUCGAGCCAACUUCGGGAGAUUUAGGAACUUCACCAAUGCUCAAGCCAUUUGAUCACGACGAAUUUUUCAGCAAACGGAAUGGGAAAAAGCAACAUGGCCAUCACAAGAGUCUAACCAAUGGCAUAGGAAGUCCACCGCCGCUGCCCGAUUUGACUCCGCGCGCUUCGGUAGCGUCGACAUCUAGGUCCAGCAGUCCAGGCCCGCAUAAGAGAAAGACGAUGCCUAACCAACGGAAUACAUCUGGUGAGCAGCCUGACUUCUCGGCUCUAGCAACACAUAUGCGGACGGCUUCUCAAAUGUUGGCUCAGCUUGAUGCAACAAGUGGCAAGAGGCCACGCCAGGAGGUUGCGGCUAUCAGAUCGAAAAUCAUCGCAAGCAUGCAAAGCCUGGAGGAACAAAGCUUUGAUCUCGACGACGGCCAUGGCCCCACUUUCGACUUGAUUAUGGCCAAAGCUGACACGGCUUCUGCGGUAUCCGCAGCAUCUGCAGCAUCCGCGGCAAUUCCAGCUCCUGAAGGUGCUGACUUAGAAGAAGACCUUGAUCCGGCGAGCAAUUCCAACGCUGGUGCUGCUCGGAUGGAGAAUGACGCAAUGACUGGGGGUGUUCAGAGGAAAGGCGACCGCGACGAUCCCAGCGCGGCGGUGUUUGGUGAGGCGUGGCACAUGAAGAAGGAACGUAUACGCAAAACGUCACCAUAUGGGUGGAUGAAGAAUUGGGAUUUGGUCAGUGUCAUCGUCAAGACUGGGGCUGACCUUCGACAAGAGGCCUUUGCUUGUCAACUGAUCCAAGUCUGCCACAGGAUUUGGGUAGAUGCUGGUGUCCCCGUAUGGGUGAAGCUCAUGCGAAUUCUAGUUACCGGAGAGUCCUCGGGUCUUAUUGAAACCAUUACCAAUGGCGUUUCUCUACACUCGCUGAAACGGAGCCUGACUUUGGCGUCGAUCGAAUCCGGAGUGAACCCUCGCCGUCGCUUCGCAACACUCAAGGACCACUGGGUCAAAACAUUUGGCAAGCCAACAAGCGAGCCUUACCGAGCAGCAGUGGAUGCUUUUAAACGAUCUCUUGCGGCGUAUAGUAUGAUUUCAUAUAUAUUACAGUUAAAGGACCGGCACAAUGGCAAUGUGCUCAUUGACAACGAGGGGCAUAUUAUCCACAUUGAUUUCGGGUUCAUGCUCUCUAACUCUCCUGGUUCGGUUGGAUUCGAAGCAGCUCCCUUCAAGCUGACUUGGGAGUAUGUGGACGUGCUGGGUGGAGUCGAGUCUCCAGAUUUUGAUGAUUUUAAGACGCUAUGCAAGCAAGCUUUCCAGGCUUUACGUCGCUCGGCAGACAACAUUGUCGAUUUAGUCAGCAUGAUGGGACGCGAUUCGAAGAUGCCGUGUUUCGCGGCCGGGGUAACGCAGGCCACUGCCACACUGCGACAACGUUUUCAGUUACAUCUAAGUGCCGAAGAAGCCGAGAAUUUCGUGGAGACUGAUCUCGUGGCAAAGUCCCUGGGUAGUUACUAUACACGACUUUAUGACACUUUUCAGUACCGCACGCAGGGUAUAUAUUAG